AAAAACAAGAAUUAAGAAUACAAUGGCUACUUUAAAGGUAUUGAUGUUCCCAUUUUUGGCUUAUGGACACAUAUCUCCAUUUCUAAACGUAGCUAGGAAACUCGCGGACAGAGGAUUCUUGAUUUACUUCAUUUCAACUCCGAUAAAUCUCAAAUCCACCAUCAAGAAAAUCCCUGAAAAGUAUGCUGAUUCGAUUCAGCUUAUCGAACUUCACUUACCAGAAUUACCUGACCUUCCUCCUCAUUACCAUACUACCAAUGGUCUCCCACCCAAUCUCAAUCACAUCCUUCAAAAAGCCCUGAAAAUGUCCAAACCAAACUUUUCAAAAAUCUUGGAAAAUCUGAAACCUGAUUUGGUGAUUUAUGACGUAUUGCAGCAAUGGGCUGAACGUGUCGCGAAUGAACAGAACAUUCCAGCAGUUAAGCUUAUAACUUCGGGUGCAUCUGUGUUUUCGUAUUUUUUCAACAUACUGAGGAAACCAGAGGUUGAAUUCCCUUUCCCUGCUAUUUAUCUCAGGAAAAUUGAGCAAGUAAGAUUGAGUGAAAUGGUAGCGAAAUCUAAUAAAUCGAAAGAACCUGAUGAUGGGGAUCUUCUAGUUGAUGGAAAUAUGCAAAUCAUGUUGAUGAGUACUUCUACAACUAUAGAAGCCAAAUAUAUUGAUUAUUGCCUUGAAUUGAGCAAUUGGAAAGUUGUUCCAGUUGGUCCACCAGUCCAAGAUCCAAUCACUAAUGACGCGGAUGAUAUGGAGCUCAUCGAUUGGCUAGGAACAAAAGAUGAGAAUUCAACUGUUUUUGUCUCCUUUGGGAGUGAGUAUUUCUUGUCAAAAGAAGAUAUGGAAGAAGUAGCUUUCGGGUUGGAGUUAAGUAAUGUUAAUUUCAUAUGGGUUGCAAGAUUUCCGAAAGGGGAAGAGCAAAUUCUUGAAGAUGCAUUACCAAAAGGUUUUCUUGAAAGAAUUGGAGAAAGGGGAAGAGUUUUGGACAAAUUUGCACCACAACCAAGAAUUCUAAAUCAUCCGAGUACGGGAGGAUUUAUAAGUCAUUGUGGUUGGAAUUCAGCAAUGGAAAGUAUAGAUUUUGGGGUUCCUAUAAUCGCCAUGCCUAUGCAUCUUGAUCAACCAAUGGUUGCUAGGUUGAUCGUAGAAUUGGGAGUUGCGGUGGAGAUUGUUAGAGAUGAUGAUGGGAAAAUUCACAGAGGAGAAAUCGCGGAAACUCUUAAAGGUGUCAUAACAGGGAAAACAGGGGAAAAUUUGAGGGCUAAAGUGAGAGAUAUAAGCAAGAAUUUAAAAUCUAUAAGAGAUGAAGAGAUGGAUGCUGCUGCUCAAGAGCUAAUUCAACUUUGUAGGAAUAGUAAUAAGUGAAUCUUAUGAUUCAAUUAACAACAUAAUAUUGUAUGUAAG